GGAAGCGGCGGCGCGGCAGCUUCGGGCGUGGGGGCGGCGGAGGCGGUGGCUGAGGCCGAGGUGGCGGUGGCUGUGGCGGACACAGCGGCACCCCAGCUAGGGACAGGGCUCCGCCGCGCCCCUUUGCAGGCCCCAUGGAGGCGGCAGCGGGGGGUGGGGGCUGCGGCUCCGGGCCGCCGCCGCUGCUGCUAAGUGAGGGCGAGCAGCAGUGCUACUCUGAGCUCUUCGCGCGCUGCGCCGGCGCCGCGGGCGGGGGCCCCGGGCCUGGACCCCCCGAGGCCUCCAGAGUCGCCCCCGGCACGGUUACUGCGGCCGCUGGCCCGGUGGCUGACCUGUUUCGGGCGUCGCAGCUGCCCGCCGAGACGCUCCACCAGAUCACAGAACUGUGUGGUGCAAAGCGGGUUGGUUAUUUUGGUCCAACGCAAUUUUACAUUGCCCUGAAAUUAAUUGCUGCAGCACAAUCUGGCCUCCCGGUGCGGAUAGAGAGUAUUAAAUGUGAAUUGCCUCUGCCUCGCUUUAUGAUGUCAAAGAAUGAUGGUGAGAUACGAUUUGGGAACCCAGCUGAGCUGCAUGGAACUAAGGUUCAGAUUCCAUAUAUAACCACGGAAAAAAAUUCCUUCAAAAGAAUGGACGAUGAGGAUAAACAGCAGGAAACACAGUCUCCCACGAUGUCACCCCUCGCCUCCCCUCCUUCUUCCCCGCCUCAUUACCAGAGGGUGCCCUUGAGCCAUGGCUACAGCAAACUGCGGAGCAGCGCAGAACAGAUGCAUCCAGCUCCUUAUGAAGCUAGGCAGCCUCUUGUCCAGCCCGAGGGAUCCUCCUCAGGGGGCCCAGGAACCAAGCCCCUUCGGCAUCAGACUUCCCUUAUCCGGUCCUUUUCAGUGGAGAGAGAACUACAGGAUAACAGCAGUUACCUCGAUGAACCCUGGAGGAUAACAGAAGAACAGCGCGAGUACUAUGUCAAUCAGUUUCGAUCCCUUCAGCCAGACCCAAGCUCUUUCAUUUCAGGUUCUGUGGCCAAGAACUUCUUCACCAAAUCAAAGCUUUCCAUUCCAGAACUCUCCUAUAUUUGGGAACUUAGUGAUGCUGACUGUGACGGAGCCCUGACCCUGCCUGAGUUCUGUGCUGCGUUUCAUCUCAUUGUGGCUCGGAAGAACGGCUAUCCGUUACCUGAGGGCCUGCCUCCAACUCUGCAGCCAGAGUACCUGCAGGCAGCUUUUCCUAAGCCCAAGUGGGACUGUCAGUUAUUUGAUUCUUAUUCUGAGUCAUUGCCGGCAAAUCAACAACCUCGUGACUUGAAUCGGAUGGAGAAGACGUCUGUUAAAGACACGGCUGACCUUCCUGUACCUACCCAAGAUGCGACUGGUGAUGACAAACAAGUUUUGAAAAGUACUGUCAAUGAAGCCUUACCAAAGGACGUGUCUGAGGAUCCAGCAAGUCCCAAGGAUUCCAACAGUCUCAAAGCAAGACCAAGAUCCAGAUCUUACUCUAGCACCUCCAUAGAAGAGGCCAUGAAAAGGGGCGAGGACCCUCCCACCCCGCCACCUCGGCCACAGAAAACCCAUUCCAGAGCCUCCUCCUUGGAUCUGAAUAAAGUCUUCCAGCCCAGUGUGCCAGCUACUAAGUCAGGAUUGUUACCCCCACCACCUGCGCUCCCUCCGAGACCUUGUCCAUCACAGUCUGAACAAGUGUUGGAGGCCGAGUUACUCCCACAGCUGAGCAGAGCCCCAUCCCAGGCUGCAGAAAGUAGUCCCUCAAAGAAGGAUGUACCGUAUUCUCAGCCACCAUCAAAGCCCAUUCGUAGGAAAUUCAGACCAGAAAAUCAAGCUACAGAAAACCAAGAGCCUUCCACUGUUGCAAGUGGGCCAGCUUCUGCAGCAACUGUGAAACCACAUCCAACAGUCCAAAAACAGUCUUCCAAACAGAAGAAGGCCAUUCAAACUGCUAUCCGCAAAAAUAAAGAGGCAAACGCAGUGCUGGCUCGGCUGAACAGUGAGCUCCAGCAGCAGCUCAAGGAGGUUCAUCAAGAACGAAUUGCAUUGGAAAACCAAUUGGAACAACUUCGUCCAGUCACUGUGUUGUGACCCCCCCUCCAUGGUUCAAGUGACAGUGGGUGACCUUGUCUGCCAAGAUCUUUAUUUCUAAUGUUUUGAACCCAACUACUUGUCAUAGAUGUUUGACUGUGUCAAAAGCUGUGAGCAGCAAAAUAUAAUCCAUAUGACCUUUUCUCUUGCACUUCACUCAUAUGUUUUACUCUGGUGGAAAAAAUACUUCAACUGAUUAUCACACUUGAAAUGGUAAUUAUCAGUGGAAUUUGUCUCCUAUUCUUAAGUACUUUUUCAAGGUGUUAGAUGCUGCUCCUUAUCAAAAAUCAGUUUUUUAGCAAGUAAAAAUAACGGAGAGCA